AAGUUAAAACUGAAAGCACGCUGCACACUUUGGCUUCUCUCUCUAUAAAUACAGUUCUCUCUCUUAUCUCUGUGUGCCUUGCGCCCCUUCUCUCUCACUCUGUCUGUUGAAGAAAUACCCUCUCGCACGCAGGGGUUUCAGAAGAAACUGAGUUUUUGCGAAGGAAACUUGCAUAAACAGAAACCAAGUUCUUCUGGGUCUCCUGCAUAAACAACAAUGUCGAUUUUGAAGGACGAAGAUCCUCGCAUCCACGGCAUUAAAACCAAGAUUCGGGUCGUCCCAAAUUUUCCCAAACCUGGAAUUAUGUUCCAAGAUAUCACAACUUUAUUAUUGGACCCAAAAGCCUUCAAGGACACCAUCGAUUUGUUCGUUGAGAGAUACAAAGGCAAAAAUAUUUCAGUGGUUGCAGGAAUUGAGGCGCGAGGUUUUAUCUUUGGUCCUCCAAUUGCAUUGGCAAUAGGAGCAAAGUUCGUUCCCCUGAGAAAACCAAAAAAGCUGCCCGGUGAUGUUAUUUUUGAAGAAUACACUUUGGAAUAUGGAAGGGACUGUCUUGAGAUGCAUGUUGGAGCAGUGGAACUUGGUGAGCGUGCUCUGGUGGUAGAUGAUUUAAUAGCCACAGGAGGCACACUCUGUGCUGCAAUGAAUUUAUUGGAACGCGUUGGAGCAGAAGUGGUCGAAUGUGCAUGCUUAAUUGAAUUACCAGAUUUACAAGGACGUGAGAGGUUGAAUGGAAAGCCAUUGUAUGUCCUAGUUGAGUACCAAUGACCGUGGCGAGACUAUAAUUCAUCUGCAUCGGUGCUGCAUGACAAACAUGUACAUUAGAGGCACAUUGCGGGCUCUCCCAUCUCCGGAAUCUGAUUUGAUUCACCCCAUCCAUCCCCUUUUUCCCAGUUUCAACGACUAAUGAAUUUUGAUAAAAACUUCGGUUAUUGAGACUCGUUGUUUUAGCUAGUAGUAGUAGCAUGAGGGCAUCGAUUUAGGGAAAGCGUUUCGUUUGAGCACUGCUGUAGGACUCUGUUUCUUUGUUUUUCCUCAAACCGAAUUGAUGUUACCCUUGCCCUAUGAUUCUCGCAGUUCAGAGCUGUAUGUAUAGGCAUGGGUUCUUAUUAUUCUGGUACUUAAACGGAGUUCCGCUGUUAACCACUA